UAGGCUGUUACACAACUGCUGGGGGUCUGUUCUCGUCGCCCGCCCGCCUGCCCGACCGUCUGCCCGACCGUCCGCCCGACCGACCGGCAGUCUGUCAGUCAGCGUCGCCGCCGCUGCCGCCGGAGUCUCGGCCGUGGCUGCUGUCGCCGUCUGCUCGUGCCUCUCGGGAACUCCGUCCGCCUGCUCAGGCCGCCCCGACCGUCCGCGUCUCUCCCCCGCGCUGCCUCUGAGCCUUCAGCGUUCGCCCGCCGGCCGACAUGAGCGGGGACCAUCUCCACAACGACUCCCAGAUCGAAGCGGAUUUCCGACUGAAAGAUUCUCACAAACACAAAGAUAAACAUAAAGAUCGAGAACACCGGCAUAAAGAGCACAAGAAGGAUAAGGAAAAGGACCGGGAAAAGUCUAAGCAUAGCAACAGUGAACAUAAAGAUUCUGAAAAGAAACAUAAAGAGAAGGAGAAAACCAAACACAAAGAUGGAAGCUCAGAAAAACAUAAAGACAAACAUAAAGACAGAGACAAGGAAAAACGAAAGGAGGAAAAGAUUAGAGCAGCUGGGGAUGCAAAAAUAAAGAAGGAGAAGGAAAAUGGCUUCUCUAGUCCACCACGAAUUAAAGAUGAACCUGAAGAUGAUGGCUAUUUUGUUCCUCCAAAAGAGGACAUAAAGCCACUGAAGAGACCUCGAGAUGAGGAUGAUGCUGAUUAUAAACCUAAGAAAAUUAAGACAGAAGAUAUCAAGAAGGAGAAGAAAAGAAAACUAGAAGAAGAAGAGGAUGGCAAAUUGAAAAAACCCAAGAAUAAAGAUAAAGAUAAAAAAGUUGCUGAGUCAGAUAAGAAAAAGAAGCCGAAAAAGGAAGAGGAACAGAAGUGGAAAUGGUGGGAAGAAGAACGCUAUCCUGAAGGCAUCAAGUGGAAAUUCCUAGAACACAAAGGGCCUGUCUUUGCUCCACCAUAUGAGCCUCUUCCAGAGGGUGUCAAGUUUUACUAUGAUGGUAAGGUUAUGAAGUUGAGUCCCAAAGCAGAAGAAGUAGCUACAUUCUUUGCAAAAAUGCUUGACCAUGAAUAUACUACUAAGGAAAUAUUCAGGAAAAAUUUCUUUAAAGAUUGGAGAAAGGAGAUGACUAAUGACGAGAAAAAUAUGAUUACCAACUUAAGCAAAUGCGACUUCACACAGAUGAGCCAGUAUUUCAAAGCCCAGUCAGAGGCUCGGAAGCAGAUGAGCAAGGAAGAAAAACUGAAAAUCAAAGAAGAAAAUGAAAAAUUAUUGAAAGAAUAUGGCUUUUGUGUUAUGGAUAAUCAUAGAGAGAGGAUUGCCAACUUCAAGAUAGAGCCUCCAGGGCUUUUCCGUGGCCGAGGUAACCACCCCAAGAUGGGCAUGCUGAAGAGAAGAAUCAUGCCUGAGGACAUAAUCAUCAACUGCAGCAAAGAUGCCAAGGUUCCUUCUCCUCCUCCAGGACAUAAAUGGAAAGAAGUCCGACAUGAUAACAAGGUUACUUGGCUAGUCUCCUGGACAGAGAACAUCCAAGGUUCUAUUAAAUACAUCAUGCUGAAUCCCAGUUCACGAAUCAAGGGUGAGAAAGACUGGCAGAAAUACGAGACUGCUCGGCGGCUGAAGAAGUGUGUGGACAAGAUCCGAAAUCAGUAUCGGGAAGACUGGAAGUCCAAAGAGAUGAAAGUUCGACAGAGAGCUGUAGCACUGUACUUCAUUGAUAAGCUUGCUCUGAGAGCAGGCAAUGAGAAGGAGGAAGGAGAAACGGCAGACACUGUGGGUUGCUGUUCACUUAGAGUGGAACACAUCAAUCUACACCCAGAAUUGGAUGGUCAGGAAUAUGUGGUGGAAUUUGACUUUCCUGGGAAGGACUCAAUCAGAUACUAUAACAAAGUCCCAGUUGAGAAACGAGUUUUUAAGAACUUACAACUAUUUAUGGAGAACAAGCAGCCCGAGGAUGAUCUUUUUGAUCGACUUAAUACUGGUAUUCUAAAUAAGCAUCUUCAGGAUCUCAUGGAAGGCUUGACCGCCAAGGUGUUCCGUACAUACAAUGCCUCCAUCACGCUACAGCAGCAGCUUAAAGAGCUCACAGCCCCUGAUGAGAAUGUACCAGCAAAGAUUCUAUCUUAUAAUCGUGCCAAUCGAGCUGUUGCAAUUCUUUGUAACCACCAGAGGGCGCCACCAAAGACCUUUGAGAAGUCAAUGAUGAACUUGCAGUCUAAGAUUGAUGCCAAGAAAGACCAGUUAGCAGAUGCUCGAAGGGACCUGAAAAGUGCUAAGGCUGAUGCCAAAGUCAUGAAGGAUGCAAAGACCAAGAAGGUAGUAGAGUCAAAAAAGAAGGCUGUACAGAGACUAGAAGAGCAGCUGAUGAAGCUGGAAGUUCAAGCCACAGAUCGAGAAGAGAAUAAACAAAUUGCCUUGGGAACCUCCAAACUCAAUUAUCUGGACCCUAGGAUCACAGUGGCUUGGUGCAAGAAGUGGGGGGUCCCAAUUGAGAAGAUUUACAACAAAACCCAGAGGGAGAAGUUUGCUUGGGCCAUUGAUAUGACCGAUGAGGACUACGAGUUUUGACCAGUCUUGCCAGGGGUUCUGUGAAAAGGGACAGUGUGGUUUGAGGAAGAUGGAUAAACUGAGCCUCACUUGCCCUCAUGCCUGAGGGAGAGGCCACAAGUCUUAACAAACCAACAUCUUUGCAAAAAGAUAGACCUGGAGAUGUUAUAAGGGAGAGCUGAGCCAGUUGUCCUAUGGACAACUUAUUUAAAAAUAUUUCAGAUAUCAAAAUUCUAGCUGUUUGAUUUGUUUUGAAUUUUGUUUUUGUUUUCGAGAGCAAGUGGAUGGGAAUUUGUCAGCAUCCUGCCAGGCAAAUUCAGUUUUGCUGCAAUGUUUGGAUUCUCUCAGCUACUGUAUGCGAAGUCUGAUUAUAUUGGUGCGUUUUUACAGUUAGGGUUUUGCAAUAACUUCUAUAUUUUAAUAGAAACGAUUCCUAAAUUCCCUCCUCUCCCCAUUUCAGGAAUUUAAAGUUAAGUAGAACAAAACAAAAACCCAGCGCACCUAUUAGAGUUGUCACUCUAUCGUCAUGGGAAUCAGUUUUCAUUAAACUUGAAGCAGUUGU